GGAGUAGGACAGACAUAGAAAGGCUACAAAGAAAAGUGAGGACCCUAUUUACUAAAACGCACAACCACUACCCUCGAAGUGCCACUGAAAGAACAAUGCUUCCCCGCCACCUUGGAGGAAGAGGAUUAAUAGAUCUGGGUAAACAACUUGAAAAACAAAUCACUAACUUAAGAUCCUAUUUUUACAGGCAAGGAGAAAAUUCCACGCUGCAUCGCGCAAUAAAUCAAAUAGACGAUUCCACUCCUCUACAACUUAAGAGCGAGGAAGCGCGCAGCUACCAUCAUACGGACCAGAAAAAACUCCGCAUCUGGAUGGAAAAGCCCCUUCAUGGGCGGCAUCCUGAUGAGAUUAGCCAAAAUCAUGUCGACACUGCUUCGUCGAACUAUUGGUUGGUAUCAGGCAAGAUGUUUCCAGAAACCGAGGGCUUACUACUCGCCAUCCAAGAUCAGGUUAUACCAACAAGAAAUUAUUUCAAGCACAUCGUCAGAGAUCCAUCCGUACAAAACGACAAAUGCAGGUAUGGAUGCCAGACAUCAGAGACAAUCCAACACAUAACAGGAGGAUGUCAGGCCUUUGCAGCGACAGAAUACAAAGAACGACACGACUCAGCUGGGAUAAUUUUACAUCAAGAGCUGGCAAUGAAGUUGGAACUUAUUACAACAGAGAAGGUUCCGUAUUAUAAAUAUACUCCAGAACCCGUAGUGGAAAAUGACCGAUAUAAGUUAUAUUGGGACCGCAGUGUACUUACCGAUCAACAUGAAAACAACUCUAAUUGACGUAGCCAUACCAAACAACAAUAAUCUGCAAGAGAAACACACUGAGAAAAUCGCCAAAUACAGAGAUCUAGAAAUUCAAAUCGGAAGGCAAUGGAGAAUGGCUAAUGUUCAGACCAUCCCAAUUGUUAUAUCGACAACGGGUGUAAUACCAAAGAGUCUACUGGAAUACCUUAAACAACUAGGAACUAGCGAACAUCUAUAUAAGCAUAUGCAAAAGGCAGUACUACUGGCAACUGCUCGCAGCACCCGAAAAUUCCUAGGAGAUAACUCUACAUUUCAGGUCACUUAAGGGCACCGAAAAGGCCUCCCACAGACCACAGAGCUUAAUCCUUUUGAUAUCGGAGGUAUCUGGGAUAAGUAAAUGAUCCCUCCCCCUUCCUCCCCGUUAGAGGGAGUGCGAGCCUUAACUGGCUGUGAGAAUAAUAAUAAUAACAAUAAUCUGUUUAAAUUUACGCACCUGGAUAAAUUUGUGCCUGUGUAACGCUUGUGCUAAAUCUCUUGUUGACAAGGAUAAAAUCAAUCUGGUUCCCAGCAAUAUUUUUAGGAUUACCUCGUGGAUCUCUCCAUGCAUACAGUCUUCUUUGAGACAAGUAGAACCAGAUGUUCGUGAUUUUAAACUGUUCUUCUUGGCAUAAUUGUAUUAGUCUGGCUCCUCUGUUAUUUCUUUUUCCUAGUCCACAGAGGGCCACCUAUUCCUUCUACUAUUUCUCCCCUGUCCAUCUUAGCAUUGAAUCUUUCUGAAUGACGUUGAGAUAAUGCCGUUUGGUAUAUUUUAGUAGCCUUUUGAUGUCCUUGUAAAAUUAUUCUAUUUUCUCUUCCUGUUUGUCGAGGGUGGAAGCAUAUACUUCAAUGAAUUGUAUGUUUAUCACUGUACGGUAUGCAUGUUUCACUCUUAGUUAUAGUUUUAUCCAUGAUAAUGGCAACCCCCUAUCUAGAAGGCUUAUCUUGAUUGCCUGAAUAAUAAAAAGUCGCUUCAUCAAUAUUACACUGUCCAAAGUCAUCUGGUUUUAUAUACUCCCAAUAUUAUCAGUAUCAGUCUUUGCAUUUCCCUGAUGAUAUUCGCCAGCCUUAUAUAGGCUCUGUACAUUCCGUGAUCAUGUUUAAGUGAUUUUAGACUCCGUGGAAUUUUAGCAGCCUCUUUUUGCCAAGAUAGAAAGUAGAUUCUUAGCAGCCUCUUUUUGCAAAAAAAGUUUUCUUCGAAAAAUUACUUCAGUGGUUUUCAGUUGCCCAAAAUUCCAACCGCCCCUAACAUAGAGUAAGACAUCGUUUGAAGCCACUUCUCAACUAGAGAACAGACACCUAUUUCUAUUUUCGACCUAUUAUCAAAAAAAAAAUUGCUGGGACAUCUGCACCUAGAUAAAUUUGUGCCUUCGUAACGCUUGUGCUAAAUCUCUUGUUGACAAGGAUAAAAUCAAUCUGGUUCCCAGCAAUGUUUUCAGGAUUGCCUCGUGGAUCUCUCCAUGUAUACAGUCUUCUUGGAGACAAGUUGAACCAGAUGUUCGUGAUUUUAAACUGUUUUUCUUGACAUAAUUGUAUUAGUCUGUCUCCUCUGUUAUUUCUUUUUCCUAGUCCCCAGAGGGCCAGCUAUUCCUUCUACUACUUCUCUCCUGUCUAUCUUAGCACUGAAUCUUUCUGAAUGACGUUCAGAUUAUGCCGUUUGGUAUAUUUUAGUAGUCUUUUGAUAUCCUCGGAAAAUUAUUCUAUUUCCUCUUCCUGUUUGUCUAUGGUGGAAGCAUAUACUUCAAUGAUGUGUAUGUUUAUCAAUGUACAUCAGUUUCACUCUUAGUUAUAGUUUUAUUCAUGAUAAUGGUAACCCCUGUCUAGGUGGCGUAUUGUGAUUGCCUGAAUAGUAAAAAGUCGCUCUAUCAAUAUUACAUUGUCCAAAGUCUGGCCAUCUGGUUCCACAUACUCCACAGAAUUGACUUAUAUUUCCCUGACGAUAUUCGCCAGCCUUAUACAGGCUCUGUACAUUCCGUGAUCAUAUGUUUAAGUGAUUUUUCACUCCGUGGAUUUUAAGCACCCUCUUUUUGCCAGAAACUGAGGGACAUCCUUUUCCAACUCUUUUAUAUGUAGUUUUGUUAGGAAGAUUACUUCAGUGAUAUUCCGUUGCCCAAAACCCGUUGGCCAACUUCGACCGCCUCUAACAUGGACUUAGACAUCGUUUGAAGCCACUUCUCAACUAGAGAACAGGCCGUAUGUAAUGUUUCAUUUCCCCGAUAUAUGGAGGCAUACCUCCAUUGAACAGUUUUGUGCUUAUUUUCCCGAGACCAAUAUCGAACAAUGGUUUCACACAUUUCUAUAAAAUAUUUCCGUAAUUUUGGAAUAUUUAAAACAUUUGCAACCAUGUUUUUUUCAAAUACUAAUAACAGUUUAAUGGUCCAUAUCCAGUACCUCUCCAACACUUCUAUGUGGCCGUGUUGAAUCCACUUCUAGGGUACUUACUUCUAGGGUACUUACCUCUUUCAUAACUUUUAGCUCGUAAAUUUUACUACUAUUUACUAAUAAAUUACUAAUUUUUAACACUUUUAAAAAUUAUGACGAAAAAAAAAACAAAUAUAUAAAAAUGCAUAUAAAACAAAAAAUUGUUUAAAACAAUUAUAACUUUCUUUUAUGCUAUCACUAGCAUUUUCGCCAAAUUUUUAAGCCACAUUUGUGAGUUAUCUCUUUCUUCCUUAACUAUAUCUCAUCUCCCAUCUUCUCCUUCUUCUUCAUUUUCGAUCCAACCAUCUAUACUAAUCCUAGUGCCAUAUCGGAACGUUUUAAUGUCAGAGUCUCGCCGAAACCUUCCUCUAUUCUCGGUUUCAGUUUGAUAUCGAAGCACCCGCAGUUCGAAUCUCGCGGCUCUUAUACGCGCUUUAAUUUCGAAAAAUUUUGAGGCUUGAUAUUUUAUAAUAUGUAGUCUUUGAAGUUUCAUUUGUGAAGGUGACUUACAAUGGUCUUUACAUAAUGGCAAGUAAUAGGAAAAAAUGGUUUUAUAUGAUUAGUUUCGUUGGAUUACUAUUUUUGGAUAUUGUUGCUGUUGUUGAAUGUAUAAAAUGGUUGUCUUUACAACAUUCACACCUAAAUUGGAAUUUAUCCUCAAACAAUAAUCAUGCUAGAGGCAUAAGAUCGGGAGUCACUUCACCAUGUGCGUUGGCACGUAGAAAGUAUGGUUUAGUGAAAAUCCAAGCCAAACUAUGUAGGGGCUCGAUGGAGGUUAUGCCCCACAUCCAAAAUGCCGCUUUGCUUACCACCGAGACUUGCCAAUUGAUUUUUAAUGACAGAAGGUGGAAUUGCUCUUCCAUUGCUAAAGCGCCACAUUUAACUCCAGAUCUAACCCGAGCAACAAGGGAACAAGCCUACGUAUAUGCCUUAAGUUCAGCAACGCUAACACACACGCUAGCGCGCGCAUGCGCCAGCGGUAAUUUACACCAAUGUACUUGCGCCGGACGCCCUACAAAUCCGAAUACUGAGCAAUUCCAGUGGGGUGGAUGUGGGGAUAAUGUCAGGUGGGCCUCGCAGUUUUCAAAGAAGUUCGUUGAUAACAUGGAAAAGAAAAGUUUGGAAAAGAGGGAGAAGAGUAAGGAGGAGGGUAGUAAGGUGGCAGUACAAGAGGCGGUCGCUGUUAUUAAUUUGCACAAUAAUAAAGUGGGACGAAAGAUGAUCUCUGGAAAUCUAAAGACCCAAUGCAAAUGUCACGGAGUUUCUGGGUCAUGUAACAUAAAAACUUGCUGGAAAGCUCUGGUGCCAAUACAAGAAAUUGGCAAACAACUUCUACAAAAAUACACCAACGCCCGUGAAGUUUCCAGAGGGAUCGUUAACAAAUUAGACUCAAAAGUGAACAGCAAAAAAGUCCUUUCUGCCGAUCAGCUGAUCUACCUGACCAAGAGCCCCGAUUAUUGUACCAAAGACGAAAAGUUGGGAAGCUUUGGCACCGUCGGAAGGCACUGCAACGUGUCCUCCACCGGACUAGACAGUUGUAGGAUAUUAUGUUGCGGACGGGGAUAUAGAACGGUCGUGGAAGAAAAAAUCGAACGAUGCCAAUGUAAAUUUUACAAUUGUUGCUACGUUAAAUGUAAGAUUUGUAGAACCAAGACCAAAGUGUUUGAAUGCUCGUAACGGGCUUUGAGCUUAAAUAGGGUGUUUUGCAACAUUAAAGAUAAAUAGGUGGAACCUCCAAUAAAGUAAGUUAACUUAUUUGAGCCUUUUAGUUAAUUAGCAAGAUUUUUUUUUAAAUAACAUAAUCUUGCUGUCACAAAAUGAAAACAAAGAAUUUUCGUAAAUGGUCUUAUCUUAAAAUUUGCUACUGUACUAUAAACUGUAGUAUUGUUUUACCUUCAAAACAAACCUUAGCUUUAACUAGUAAUAAGGCUAGAUAUUUAUUAUAUCCAUUAAGAGGACUAUGAAGCUUUUUUUUUAUUUUACGAAAAAAUGUUUGUUUCGUAAAAAUACAACGAAUUUUUGUACAGAUAUAUAUUAUGAUAAAUUAGUUGUAGCGGCAUUCCGUAGAAGUAAAACAAAUUGCUAAAUUUAAUU